UUCCGGCUCCUCCCCCGUCGCCGCCAUCUCGUCCUUAGGUUUAGGUCUCCUCCGCCGCCGGUCUCCAGAGCUCGCCAAAAUGGUCGCCCACAGGUUCCACCAGUACCAGGUGGUGGGUCGCGCGCUGCCGACCCCCGGCGAUGAGCAGCCCAAGAUCUAUCGCAUGAAGCUCUGGGCCACCAACGAGGUCCGCGCCAAGUCCAAGUUCUGGUACUUCCUGAGGAAGCUCAAGAAGGUGAAGAAGGCCAAUGGACAGAUGCUCGCCAUCAACGAGAUCUUUGAGAAGAACCCGACCACCAUAAAGAACUUCGGCAUCUGGCUGCGCUACCAGAGCAGGACCGGUUACCACAACAUGUACAAGGAGUACCGUGACACGACCCUGAAUGGUGCCGUGGACCAGAUGUACACGGAGAUGGCUUCCCGCCACCGCGUGCGUUCCCCCUGCAUCCAGAUCAUCAAGACGGCGACAGUCGACUUCAAGCUGUGCAAGAGGGAGAACACCAAGCAGUUCCACAACUCCAAGAUCAAGUUCCCGCUGGUCUUCCAGAAGGUGAGGCCCCCCACCAGGAAGCUCAAGACUACCUACAAGGCGACGAGGCCCAACCUGUUCAUGUGAUUGGUUGCAGAAGUCUCACACCUGCUGUUCUGUGUUCCUAGAUUAUAAGUGUUUAAGAUUGUUGUCUUCGAAAGUUUUGGUGCGCUGUGGUUUAUGCACUUUGAUGUUUUCAGUUGCUGCUGUGGAUGAUGCUUUGCAACUCUUGACUUUAUUCGGUAUUAGUAAUGAGCAGAUCUAUUGUUGCUUCA